UAGUGGAAUAGUCUGAAAAGGUCAAAUCAAAAUGGCGUCGAGCGGUUCUCAUUCCCACGUGUUGACAUACGAAGGAUGCAAUUUUCUACGACAGAGGCUUGUUUUAGCAACACUUUCCAACCGGCCCGUGAAGAUCAAGAAAAUAAGACACAAGGAAGCCAAUCCUGGGGUACAAGAUUUUGAGGCUAGCUUCAUACGUCUUCUUGACAGAAUCACCAAUGGAUCCAGGAUAGAGGUCAAUGAAACAGGUACAACUGUAUACUACCAGCCAGGCCUGCUACAUGGAGGGAAGAUAGAGCAUGACUGUAAUGAGCAGAGAGCCAUCGGGUACUACCUGGAGGCCCUCAUCUGUUUGGCUCCCUUCACCAAGGAACCUCUCCAUGCCACGCUCAGGGGAGUCACCAAUGACCAAGUGGAUGUUUCUGUGGACUACCUGAAAGUGACCUGCCUGCCCCUCCUGCAACAGUUCGGACUCAUUGCCAAUCUGGACCUGAAGAUCACCAAGAGAGGUGCAGCCCCCGGGGGAGGGGGGGAGGUCAUCUUCACCUGCCCCAACCCUCGCAAGCUCAGGCCUGUCAAGAUCACCGACUUUGGCAAGAUCAAACGGAUACGAGGAUGGGCGUUUGCCACCAGGGUCUCACCACAGACAGCCAACAGGAUAGUGGAGUCUGCCAGGGGGGUGUUGAACCGUUGUCUCACAGACAUCUACAUCUAUACAGACCAUCGCAAGGGACCACAGGGGGGCAAAUCUCCAGGUUUUGGUCUGACCCUUGUGGCAGAAACCACCACCGGGGUCAUGCUGGGGUCAGAGGCCGUGUCACGACCCCAGGGUGCCGACGGUGACCCCACAGUACCAGAGGACCUGGGCAGGGGGGCUUCCAAACUCCUCUUAGAGGAGAUCUACAGGGGUGGGUGUGUGGACUCUGUGAACCAGUCUGUAGCCCUGCUCUUUAUGGCUCUGGGGGACCAGGAUGUGUCCAAAGCUAUUCUGGGACCACUUUCUCCUUACACGAUUCAGUUUCUUCGGCAUCUUCAAGAUUUCUUCAAAGUGAUGUUUAAAAUAGAAACUCUUAAAGCAGAAGAUGAUACAGAACUGUGUACUGGGGCUGACAAGAUCCAGCUGACAUGUAUUGGUGUCGGCUACACAAAUCUCAGCAAGAAAACCUCAUAGUCCACACUUCUGUUGCAUCCUCACCUAUCAGAGCCUUACCUUGCAUUAUCCAAGUACCAACGGGAGGCUGGAGUGCAGUUGGUCCUUUUAUAGUCUGUGGUAGCUAACUGUCAUCCAAUCAGAUGCUCCUUGGCACGUGCCCAGGUGUUAUUCCUUGGUAAGAGUGAUCAUCUGAUUGGCUGACCAUCACUAUUGCCCAUAAAAGGAAGGAUUGCACACUGAAUACACUCUGACUUUUCUGGUAUAUUAAAUAAAGAAUGUGUCAAUACUACAAGCUUACAAUACUUGUGUUCUCUGU